CCUGCUACCAAGAGUCGACCUACAUUACCCUACACACAAAAGAGGAGCACAGCUGCAACAACUGUUCAGAAAAAAUUAAAUUAAUCACAGGCAAAAGCAUUUAAAUACAGAAAAAAUGGCAGCAAAAGUAGCAAAUGCCCCAAACAAAGUAUUCCAAAAUCACGAUGAUGUUCACAUUUCAUUUGAAGAUCAACAGAAAAUCAAUAAAUUUGCCAAACACAAUGCCCGCAUGGAUGAGCUGAAAGUUGAAUUGGAAAUGAAAAAGAAUGAUUUGAAAAGUGUGGAAGAGGCUUUGGAGGAAAUUGAACUGUUCGAUGAAGAUGAAGAGAUCCCCUUCCUGUUCGGCGAAGUUUUCCUGUCACACAAAUUGACAAGGACACAGGAACUUUUGCAAGAGACCAAAGAACAAACAUUGAAAGAAAUUGCUGCCAUCGAAGCCAAAGCAAACGAUAUUAAGGCCGAAAUGAAUGAACUCAAAGCUCAGUUGUAUCAACGUUUUGGCAGCAACAUUUCAUUGGAAAGCGAUGAUUAAAUAGUUGUUAAAAAUAUAGUUGAUAUCUCUCUGUGUGUAUCUCUGGCAUUUUUUGCACCGGCUGCGAACAAUUCAAAAAUAAAAUAUUUAUAAAAUAAUACAAAAGUA